UAUUCAGAGCCCAACUAAUGCACGUGAGUGGUUCCGUCACGUGUGAAAAUCGCCACUAAAUCCCCUAAAAGUGAAAUUUCCGAUAUUUCGAUUCGCCGGCGAAAAAGAAAGAGAAAACGAUGAAGAAAUCUACAGAGACUCCGGCGAGACCGAACGCAACUGUUAAAACUCAGAAACCUCCUUUCAGACCUGCCGUUGAUGACACCAAACCUGUUCUUCAGGACCCUAUUCUGAGAUCGGAUCCAAUGGAGACAGAAGAAGCUGUGCUGAGAUUGCCUUCUUUCCCAAUGAUCAGACCAUCUGAAUCGUAGCUACCUGGAUUAACAAGGUUUUUUAUCUGAUUUGUUUUACAUUUUGAGCUUGUUGUUGCUUGUAAAAACCAAUGGGGAUUUUUUUGUAUGCUUGAUAAGCUUAAAUUACAAUCCCAUGUUGAUUAAUAAAGACACAGCUUUAAGAGCAGACGAGUGAUUUAGUAGUAGAGCAUCUUUGUGCCUGGCUGCAACAGAGUGAAUUUCAAUAGGAGUCUAAUGCAUUACUCAUCACAUGUAUAUGCACGCAACAUUUAGUGACGUAAAUGGCUUUGAAGGGUAAAGUUUCUUUAGCUUUGUCGUCUAUGUUUUCAUAUGUUUGUUUGUUUUAUAGUUUUGAGGACUUUUGAAUCUUUUGAUGCUGUUGUUGUUGGCCCAUUGAUUCUUCAGCUUGAUGAACAGAGAAGUGUUGCAACCUUUUGAUUUAAUUGAGAGUUUUGUAUUCAUCACGUGAGAAUCACGUGGGGUCGGUUAAAUGGUUGUUGCAACGACUCAGGGUUAUAGUGGUCUUACUAAUUGGAAAUGGGGAAUAUUUCGUUUCUUAAACAAAAUAUUAUUGAUUUUGUAGACUUUUGAAUCAUUUGUAUAAAUAAAU